GUUUGGUAGACUAUGCCUCAAUUCCAAAAUUAAAAUCCUAAGCAUCCUGUUAAAUAAAAAUUUAUACUUAACACAUAAAGAUAUACUAUAACAGAACAUGCCUUUGUAUAAGCUGAUCCUCAGUUAAAUUGCUUUGUUGUUCCUUCAAGAUAAGUGCUUAAUUAGGUGGAGAUACUUGGUGCAAAAGCAGAUUAAAGGCAGAGUCAAAUUUCUAAGGGUCAGUCCUACUCAUACAUUGAGUGGCUUCAAAGCAUUAACACAAUAUACAUGCAAUGUUUAAUUAAUUUUUUAUUUGAUGAUGAACUAUAUAUACUGCUAAGCUCCAUGAAACUUUCGUCACCAUUUAUCAUUUAAGUUCCAGUUCUUCUAUCUUCAUCAUAAUCGAAAACCAAAUGGCUGUUUUUGCACAAAAAAUGCACACUUUCACAACAAUUUUCCUUCUCUUACUAAUGGCUUCAUCGUCAACAGCAUUGCUGGAUGCUCAUUAUUAUGAUAAAACAUGUCCACAGGCUGAGAAGAUCAUUUUAGGGACAGUUUAUAAUGCAUCCAUGCAUGACCCUAAAGUUCCAGCUCGUAUCCUAAGAAUGUUCUUCCAUGACUGUUUCAUAAGGGGAUGUGAUGCCUCGGUGUUGCUGGACUCAACUCCAGGGAACCAAGCAGAGAAAGACGGACCUCCAAAUAUUUCAGUUCGAUCAUUCUACGUGAUAGAUGAUGCCAAAACUAAACUUGAAAUGGCAUGUCCACAUACAGUUUCUUGUGCUGAUAUAAUUACAAUUGCAGCAAGAGAUGUUGUAACCAUGUCUGGAGGGCCUCGUUGGAAUGUGCUGAAAGGAAGGAAAGAUGGAAGGAUAUCAAAAGCUGCAGAAACCAUCAACUUACCAGCUCCAACCUUCAAUGUAACCCAGCUCAUUCAAAGCUUUGCCAAGAGAGGUUUAGGAGCCAAAGAUUUGGUUGCUCUAUCAGGAGGUCACACCCUUGGCUUUUCACAUUGUUCUUCUUUUGAAGCUAGGCUACAUAACUUUAGUUCAGCACAUGACGUUGACCCCAGUAUGAAUAAUGAGUUUUCACAAAAGCUACGAAAGAAAUGCCCAAAACCAAACAAGGAUCACAAUGCUGGGGAGUUCCUGGACUCGACCUCGUCAACUUUUGAUAAUGACUAUUAUAGGAGACUGAUGGCAGGAAAGGGUGUUUUUGGAUCGGAUCAAGCACUAGUUGGUGACUAUAGGACUAGGUGGAUUGUUGAAGCAUUUGCUAAGGAUCAAAGUUUGUUCUUUAUGGAGUUCGCGGCUUCGAUGGUGAAGUUAGGGAAUGUGGGGGUUAUUGAAAAUGGUGAAGUUAGACUGAAAUGCAGAGUGGUGAAUUGAAAGAGAGCAAAGCCAAC